AUGGCUGUUGAGACUUCAUCCUCAGAAUCCGUGCAUCAAAAUACAGAAUCCCUUGUCGUACCACCCCAGUCCUCUACCAUUAUAAACAACGCCGAAGGCACCCAUGCGAGGGUCGCCGAUCGUCGACCUUGGUGUAUCAAGAUCAAUCCAGACCACAUCUAUCGGAUAAUUGAUCCCAACAAAGUCAUAAGAUCUAGCCAUCCAUUGCCCCCGCCUUUUGUCAACAUCGACGGCGUCGACAACGUCCGCACAAUAGGUCAUUUUCACCGGUCUCCCUCUGUCAAGAUCAAUACAAACCUCAUAUAUCGGUCUGCAGACCCCAAGGGUAUCACAGAGGAAGGAAAAACACAGUUAUUGAGACAUGGUAUCAAAACCGUCGUUGACUUACGCUUAGAGCAUGAGUACGACUCUAUCCCUGGCUUACCGGGUGUCGAAUGGCUAUCGGUUCCUUCAGAGAUACAAGUGGCGGCAACUACUGCGCAGGUAACUGAAAUGCUCGAGAACUUCCAAAAUACUACAGUGGAGGCAUUCAUAGUAGUCUAUGCCGGGGUGCUGGAGUCAUCAGGAAAAGUCUUCGAACUUUUCUUCACUCAUCUCAGGGACGAACCGAAUGUACCAAUUCUCGUCCAUUGCUCUGCCGGGAAAGAUAGGACGGGGUUAGCGAUAGCUCUACUUCUAAAGAUCCUCGGAGUCGAUGAUUAUGAUAUCAUUUAUGAUUAUGCUCUAUCAAGCGUUGGCCUAGGCACUGCAAUGCCGGGCCUCAUAACUAGCUUUGGUAAUAAUAACGAGGCAUAUCGGAAAAACCCCAUGGGGUUGUUGAACUUCCUCGGCACAAGCCCCGACGCAAUGAUUAUGGCGCUGCACCAUAUGUUGAAAACUUAUGGUGGGGCGGAGAAAUAUUUGACAACACAUACAAGUUUACGAAGCUCAGAUAUAGAGAAAAUUCGCAAGAACUUGCUUUUGACAGAAGGGUAG